AAUAGAUAAAAAGCGGGCGUAUACUCACAGGUUGGUGAAAUCAACAUCGCAAUGUUACCGCUCGGAAUUGUGCUGAUAUGCAUGACUGUCGGGGCAUUGGGAGAGGGGUACGGAUCUAAGCCGGCCUAUUACUAUGGUUACCUGCACAAACAUACAACGACGACGCAUUCUCCGUACGUCUACUUCAAACGACACACCAUUCCCUACGAGGACCUGUACGAGUCUACCUACACCGACCACUACGUCUUCCACACCCCAACUCCAACCUGCCACGGAUACAACUGCGACAAUAACAAUAAGGGCAGUGGAGGGUACGGCUCCAGCGGCAGCUCUGGCAGCAAACAUGGAGGAAGCGGCGGCGGUUACGCAAGCAGCAGCGGCGGAAGCGGAUACGGAAGCAGCAGCGGCGAUACCGGAAGCAGCAGCAGCGGCGGAAAUCGUCACCGAGGCAGCAGCGGCGGCGGCAGUGGGUACGGUAGUCGCAGCAGCGGAAGCGGAUACGGAAGCAACAGCGUUGGAAGUCGGUACGGAAGCAGCAAUUCUGGCGGGAGUGGAUACGGUAGUCGUAACACCAACAGACACGGUGGGGGUAGCAACAGACACGGUGGGGGUAGCAGCAGCGGUGGAUACGGUGGGGGUAACAACAACAACAACAGAUACGGUGGUAGUAGCAGCAGCGGUGGAUACGGUGGGGGUAGCAGGGGAAGCAGUGGAUACGGUGGUGGUAGCAGCAGCGGUGGAUACGGUGGUGGUAGCAGCAGCGGUGGAUACAGUGGGGGUAGCAGGGGCAGCGGUGGAUACGGUGGUGGUAGCAGCGGCAGCAGUGGAUACGGUGGUGGUAGCAGGGGCAGCAGUGGAUACGGUGGUGGUAGCAGCGGCAGCAGUGGAUAUGGUGGUGGUAGCAGCGGCCUUGGCGGUUUCAACAGCAACUUCGGUAACCUUAACGGCGGCUUCGGUAGCAGUGGCUUCGGUAGCAGUGGCUUUGGUAGCAGUGGCUUUGGUAACAGUGGUUUCGGUAGCGGCAGUGGUGGUUAUGGUGGCGGUAGCGGUAGCGGAUUCGGAUUUGGAAGCAAUAACCUUGGCAGCAGCUUUGGAAACGUUGGUAGCGGAAAGGGUAACAGUGGAGGCGGCUACAGCAAUCAAAACACUAGCAGGGGUCGCAGCCACGGUGGAAACAGCGGUGGCUAUGGGCGUAAUCAAAGCAAUAGACGUGGCGGGUACGGCCAAUCGCGAAGGGGUUACGGACAUUAAUUUCACUGCGAUGAUUUCAAUAUAAUUGUGAAUAUUUUGUUUUCGUUGAAAGAUAUCGAACGGGUAUAGCUUAUCUGUGCUUCGCCGUGAAUAAUGCUCUCUUCGUUUGCGUUAUACCUACGAGUUGUACAUGUGUUUGUUGUUAGCCUUGUACUUUUUUAAAGGUCAUGUUGUUAUCAUGUAAACAUCCAAUUCGUAAUUCAUAUACUUUUGUCAUUUGUCUUAUUAGCAAAGUGUCAACGUGCGGCAUAGGUGUUGACGAUCAUGUGUUACUAUAUAACAUUUCAUUUCCAUUGAUAUUUUAUCGACGUUCGUGUAUCGCUAAUAUAAGAACUAUAUUUUACUCAUAAUGUUUUUGAUAUGAAGUGGGGGCUUAAACUUUAAACCUAAAACACAAGUACACGUUCCUAGUAAAUUACGUACUCAUUACCGUAGGAUGAAGAAUCAUUUGUAUUUAUUACAUUCACCGUAGAUUUAUAUUAUUACAGGACUACAUCCAUUAUUUAUUGUAAAUUUGUUCCAAAAAUUAAUACAACAAACUUGGCACAAUUAUGAAUUUCAAAUAAAUGAUAAUUGGUU